AUGCCUCGUGGACGCGUAAAUAUGCCUCCCUCGCACUACCUGCUUCGCUCCUCCCACCUUCAUCCCAACCACCUUCCCCCCGCCGAUUGUGACCUUGACAUCGACGUGGACAUCGACAUCGACAUUGCCGAGCAACCCCAACAGAAGAAACCAAUGCCCGACAAGUCAACGCCCCGUCGGCCGCAGCCACAACAGUAUCACAGCGACAUGGCCCACGCUAAGCAAAACAACCCAGAGGAUGUCGCAGCCUGGCACGACGUGAUGCUUGAGCGUAUCAAGGAAUAUCCCGACCAAGACGUAAAGCAAUACCUGGCCAGGAUGGUUCCGUCCGAUACACCUAUGCCCGCAUGCCCGCCCACUGGUUCGUUGUUUGACGCGAUCCCAGUCGACGGCCCCGAGAAGGAUAUGUACAACCCUUUGGUGGAUGCGUUGGGUGAGCUAGCCACCUCGUUCCCGCCCAACUCGCGACCGCAGUUUUACAAUUACGGCCACAACAUCAUGCAUUUCCCCUUCGCACCGUACGCCGACGAACAGCAUCCGACCAAGCCGGACGUGGUCGCGUCGUUCCCUGUUGCAAAAAUAGAGGAACCGAUCUCUCGAUGGAAGGAUGUCGCCUUGGUCUUCGAGCUGAAGCCACGAGACAACUAUGACCCGAUGGUCAGAAACACUCCGACGGGAUGGGAUACGCUCAUGCAGCUCGCGAAGAACGCACGCAACAUGAUGCUUUCGCAGGGCCGCUUGUACGCUUUCGUCGUCGGUAUCUACGGAACUUUAGCUCGGAUCUUCCGGUUUGACCGCGCGGGCGGGAUAUGCUCCCCCAAGUUCGAGUACAAAUGCCAGCCGGAGAUCCUUCACGAAUUCUUGUGGCGACUGUUCCACCCCAGGCCGCCUCAGUGUGGAAUCGCCGGGGCAGACCCGACGGCGAAGCUGGGAACGGGGGCUGACAAGAUGCUGGUGCGCGCUCUCGCGAGAGAUCAUGAUCCCCGAUGGGCGGGUAUGUCAGGCACGAGGAAAGUCGUGCGGCGGAUCGUCAUGACGGACAGGGGACGGGAUACCACGUAUCUCACAUAUAAGCUGGUGUUCGUGAACCCGGGGCUAUUCUCGCGGGCGACGCUCGUAUGGCAGGCAUUCAAGCUCAACGAGGAGGAUCAGCAUAAGGGGAAGACAUACAUCGUGAAGGAGACCUGGCGACAAAUGGGACGUGUAUGCGAACUCGAGUUCUACGAGGCACUGCGGCAGGCGACGGGGGGUGAGCCCCUCUUCGGCGUAGCGACCUACAUUCACGGCGAAGACCUUGGCGAGCGCGAUGAGGAAGAGCGCAAUCGAGAGGCGGGGGCGAAACAGCGGUCCAGAAGUCGUGUGCCCCGCGAUAUGAAGAUGGGUCAUCGGACCAUUGCCGGCGUGCAUAGCGCGCCCAAGAAAGCGCGACUGAACGAACGGAGUCAUACGCGGAUUGUAUUGGAGACGGUCGGCACACCACUUGCGGAGUUUGAGUCUACCAGGGAGCUCGUCUUGGCUCUGCGAGACGCUGUGGAAGGCCAUCGGCAGGCGUAUGAAGCUGGUCUUGUGCAUCGCGAUAUCAGCGAAGGCAACGUCAUGAUCGCUCCCAAGGGUGCUCGCUUCAGAGGCUACAUCCAGGACUUCGAUUUCAGCUUCUGCUGGAAGUGGUUUCUCCAGAAGCGCAAAGAGAAGGUCGACUUGGCUACAUGGGAGGAGUACUGUGUUCAACAUGGCCACGAGCCGCGGAGCAAGAAGGAUCCCGUGAACGAGUCUAAGGAACGCACGGGCACGAUCUUCUUCAUGGCAAUCGAGAUUUUGUCUACAGAGAUCACCCAUGAGGCUCGGCAUGACCUCGAGUCGUUCUAUUGGCUUCUGAUCUUCAUUGUUCUCCGACACACGAAUCAUGGACAUCAUGAGAAGGACGGGGCAUUUGGCAGCUUGUUCUGCGUCAAGUAUCCGAACCAAGCUAUCCGCGAAAAGACCGGUUGGAUGCUGAGCCCGAAGCCUCCCUUAACGGUUCCUGGCAACGAACCGCUGACCAGACUGUUGGAGAAGUUUCGUCUGGCGUGCACGCACAACUUCCCUCGACUCGAUGUCGGCGUCAGGCGCAUGACCCAUGGCGAUAUCCUCGCCAUCUUCGACGAUGUGCUAGCCCCAGGCAACGUUUGGCCCGAGGAUGAUGCCGCCCUCGAAUGGAAGCUUCCGGAGAACGCUGCGUAUACGACAGAGGUCAAAGAAUCUCGUAACAAACCGGUGACGAAGGGCUCGUUCGACCCUACAACGGGAUCGAAGAGUUGGUUCCCAGGUGCCCCCAAUUCCGAAGAGAAUGAAGCGUCCGACCAUGUCCAGUCGGGUGCCGGUUACGCAGGCGCGGAUGCGAGAAACUUGCCCAUAGCCGGCCCUAGUCGACCGACUCGGGAGGUAGAAGUCCGCAAUCGCUCGGCAGCGGUCGACGCAGAAGUUGAUGAGCCAGAGAACCAAGAAGCAGCAUUCUGGGAAGGUCGACGUCCUUCUCCCCCUCCACCGAUGUCGCAACCGGAGGCCGGUCCCUCUGAACCUCCCGCACGUAAGGCGACCCGGAAACAGAGUCGCAAAGCAGGCAAGAGCGCUGCUCGUCGUGCGGAGGCACCUCCAGAAACGAAGCGUCCAGCGACCAGGAGGGCAGCUCCCAGCCGCCCCGUAGCCGAAACAUGGCCAGCCAGCGUUGUCGAGCCCGACAACGCAAGACCGGGCCGCCGCUACAACCUUCGUUCGUCAGGCAGUCGUAACAUGGCUGGGCCCAGUACAUCCGAUGGGGCCCAGUCUGUUCCAGUUGCCGAGGGUAGGAUGACGCGGUCUCGCACGCAGCUGUCGCUUCAGCAAGACGCUGGUACGAGGGACAGUAGCGUGGGCAAGCGCGGUCGUGCUCAAGAAGACCUAGACGGCGGCGUCGAGGAAAGCCUGGAGUCCCAGUCAUCCAAGCGUCAGAGAACGUUGAGCCAACCUCGAGGCAGGAAGACAACGAGGAAGUCAGCAAAGAAGCCUUAG